CAGUCUCAUCGGUUUCUCUGUUAUUCGAACAGCGGUCGUCAUUUCGCGGGUUGGUAGUUUACUUGGAAGAAAGAAAUGGCGUUCCUCAGCGCCCGGACCUCUCUCGUCGGCCUUUACCAUCACCGCCAUUCAAUUCUCUCAAUUAUAAGUAAUUCUAAUGUCUUCGCCCCGGCCGCUCAUGAUCUUUUUCGUUGCUUGUGCCCUAGUCGUAGUAGAAACCGGUGGCUCAGCACCGCCACCGAAUCGGCUCCGAGUGACCUCGCCGGCCAAAAUGCCUACGACCUCUUAGGAGUCUCCGAAACCAGCUCACUUUACGAAAUCAAAGAGUCUUUUCGAAAAUUGGCCAAAGAAACCCACCCCGACCUCGCUCGAUCUACGAACGAUUCCUCUGCUGCUCGACGUUUCAUUCAAAUCCUCGCAGCUUAUGAGAUACUAUCAGAUUAUGAGAAGAGAGCCCAUUAUGAUAGGUACCUGUUAUCUCAGAGAAUACUUGUUCAGAGACAUUGUGGGCAAGGUUCAGCAAUGUACCGAUAUGAUUUGCACAGAACAGAAGUGAAGCAGAUGGAAGUUGUUGAAUGGCUAAAAUGGUAUAGAUUUGUUCUAAAUGACAUUUUAUUGCAGAAGAAGGUGGUGUUUGGAUCUGGGUACUUCGAUGUAUUGGAAAGGGACUUCUAUUCAGCAAUACAUGCAGCAUACUAUGGACCUGAGAUAGAGUCUAUGGACCUCCUUCCUGAAUGUUUUGAAGCUGAAGAAAGGUCUGCCUAUGAUAUCCCUGAAGUGCUACACUUAGUCUCUGGACGUGACCUUUUUGGAAUGGUAUGCCUAGCUGAGAAGUUUCCCGAGUUAACACAAUCCUGCAGAGAAAAACUGACAUCUUUUGCCUCUCGGUGUUCAGGGUUCUGCCAAUCCCUGGAUAAUGUGAAACUUCAAACCAAUUCUGACCUUGGUGAUAUUGGAAUUGUUCAGAUGCAAGGAAAAAGUUCUGAUUUCCAUGCGUCUGAUGCAUAUCAAGAUCUAGAAUUGUGUGUAUUAGGGAAGGUGGUUGCAGUGGCCACCAGAGUCCCUCCUAAAAGCUAUUGUAAUGGGAUAAGAAAUGAAGAUACUCAAGAUCAUAUACAUGUAUUUCUUUGUUUGCAUGAAGAUCCAAGGUGCAUGAGAACAGGAAUCUCUAGGGAUUCCUUCAUGGGUGCUGCAGUUGGAUCCAUGAAUCCACUGGGUACAAUAACUGGACUAGGGACCAAUUCUGAGGAAGGAUCUUGCUCUGUUUACAAUAGCAAUGGCACAAAAACACACGUGAUUAUGAAACACAGGACACUGUUGGUAAAACACAUGCACUGGUAUCAAGUGGGAGAUAAAGUUUCUGUAUGCGAAUGCAGAUGCAGCCGAGCUUCGUUACCUCCAAGCAAAUUUUGGCUGUUUGAGCCUCGGUGUGGCACACAUGACAUUGGUGGUUGGUACAUAGAGACAUUUGCUAGAGAUAGAAAAGGACGGAAUGUCCCAUCCAGAAGGUAUUGGGAUGGCUUUGAUGCAGAUGAACAAUUUGAAAAGAGACUUCAUCCAGCAAUGUAUUUGCUGGCCCUUGCAUAUAGAACUCUAGAUCUUGAAGAUGCAAAAAGAAGGAAUAGAACAGUCCUUGGUAUUGUUCAAGGAAAAUUCUCUGGAAUAAUCAGUUGGUGCAAGAAGCUUAUAUAAGUCGGAUUAGAUAUGACCAUAUGGGUUUCUGGCAUGGCAAGCACUUGAACUCCUCCCGAUGCCUACAUUUUUGCCGGUGAUUCAUUCUAUUAUUGAUGGUCUGUGCACAUAGACAAAUGACUUUGGCCUUCCAAAUCCAUUAAACUGGAUUUGCUUCUGGAGUACACUUGAGACAGUUGCAAUGUAUAUUGUUCCUCCAACACAUGAGGAUUGUUGCUGGGGCAGAUGGAGGAAACUAUAAGCUUUAAAACUCUUAUUCACAAGCUUACUGUACAAAAUAUUUAUAGAAAGUUACUGGUCUUGGACUUUGCGAUUAUUGAGACCCAUUAAGGGAUGUGGCUGAAAUUUCAGAAUGUGGGAAGGAGAGGAUGCCUUGGAGAAUCUUCAAAGAGAUACAAAAGGAAAGAGAGAACAUUCUCCAGCAGGUCAUUCAACUGAUAUAAUCAUCAGACGGUUUCUCAUUUCAAAAUUGGUGGCUUAAGGCAAUAUGUUCCCUGCUUUGGUGCAUGAGUUGGCUUGUAAUCAGAGUUCAGACCAAGAAAUAACAUAACUCUGCCAGUGGAGAUACUUUUUAACAAGCUGAGACGGAAAGCGAAAAUAAAAGGUAUAACAGUUCAAAACUACUAUGCACAUGAUGGCUGGUGCAACUUUUUUCUCCUGGAAAAGUUCUCUUUGGUCGUCCAUGCACAAAGGGAUCUCACUCUAGGAAACUGGAAAGCUUUACAAUGAAGGAGAACAUACCAGAUAAAUUCUCAGGACAAUUAGUGACACAAUAAAAAGAGUCCCUGUUCCAGCUGCUAGCACAAACCGUAGAGGUUCCUGCAGUAUUGUCAACAGGAUUGAAGCUUGCAGCUGCAAUAGGAACUCCGAGAGUUGUAAAAGUCACUAACCAAAGACCUCCAAGACGUAGGAAAAAGGAUCGUGGACUCAGUUCGCCCCACGAAUAUAAAAUGCCAUCCUUCAAGGAUGAGUACUCAUUCACC